AUGAGAUCCACAGUUGCCUUUAAAGUCAUCUCGAGUCUAGAAGAGAUAUUUGCAAGACAUGGUCUACCUGAGAGCCUGACAUCUGACAAUGGACCACAGUUCGCAGCAACAGAGUUUACAGAGUACACGGAGCAGCAGGGAAUCAGACAUCACAGAGUAACAGCAAAAUGGCCCCAGGCAAAUGGAGAAGUUGAGCGCCAAAAUGACUCACUUCUGAAAAGGCUCCAAAUCGCACAUGCUGAAAAGAAGGACUGGAAGAAAGAGUUGAAUGUUUAUCUUGCAGCGAGGAGCCCAAUACUACGCAAUGCAUCUCAUGUAAAGAAACUGCUAGAGAAUGGUGAUACACAUCAUAAUACACCAAGUAUACCGGAAGUGGUGAUGACUGGAGAGCCCCAUAAGCAGGAUAAACUGACCCCGCAGCAGAGUGUGGUGAUACCGGAACCAAAUGUUGUUGAGCCUGAAGUUCCACUUAGGAGGUCCCAGAGACACAGAGUGGCCCCAAGCUAUCUCAAAGACUAUUAUACUUAA